UAGGUUUUUCAUUCGUUCCCGAGCUUAUCAGAUUUUAGGUCAACCAGGUGUUCGAUUAGAUAUUACCGGGCGAAUAAAUAGCCGCCUCUCACUGACCGAAAAUCACAUCGAUUGUCAUUUCUCUCGUGAGGACGCCACCAUGAAGGCUUUCGUCUUUGCUUGUAUAAUCGCCGCAUUCUGCGUCGCGUCCCUGCAGAGCACGCCGCAUUUUUCAUGCGACGACGGACCUCUGCCUUUGGAAUUAAGGAUAGACGGAUGUGAUAGUUCUCCCUGCGUCGCCUACAAGGGGACUAACUUGUCCGCGCAGUGGGACUUUGUCGCUAAUGCCGAUACGAAAUCGCUCGUACCGCAAGUAAUAGUUACGGUUAUGGGUUCCACAAUAAAGUAUCCGUAUCCCGAGCAGGAUGCCUGCAAGUCCCUGACAAAUGGCGAAUGCCCGUUGAAGAAGGACGCAAAGGCCACGUACAAUCUCAAUAUGCCGAUAUCUAAGAGUUAUCCGAGUGUGACUAUAAACAUCGAAUUCAGCCUCCUCGACGAGACAAAGAAUGUACAGGUUUGCUUCAAUGUGGAUUUGAAGGUGACCAAUAAAUAGGUUUUUUUUUCUCAUCGAGAUUAUGAUAAAGCGUAUGAUAACAAAGUACAAACAAAAUAAUUCUGUCCACUAUCUUUUUGUUACAAUGUAUCUAUAAUGUCAAAUAUCGAUUGUUUAAUAUAGUGAAACUUUGUAUUUUAUGUCCAAUAUAAGACAUAUGCGAUCGAAAUAAUAAAAUCGAGCUUUAAGAUAUAUAUGUUUAUCGCAAGAUUUUAUCUUUCAAAAGUUUAAGGAAAUAAAUAAAAAUGCAGUUAAAUGUCUGAUUUGACUCAAAUCUGUCGAUGGCAAUUUCGAUCUGAUCCGAUAAACUAAUAACAAAAAUCAAAUUAAAUCGCACACACAAGCGACUGUAUCUCUACGCUUAAAUUUUUUAUAUAAUUAUAAAAUCGUUGAACAAUGUCGAAUCAGAGAUGUAACAAAAUAACUCGUCAAAUAAAUUUU